AAACCACACCCGCCGCUUACAAUUAAUUGUUGUUUUGCUCUGGAUAUUGAUUCUUGGGUGAGAAAUUUGAUUCCUUUCUGUUAGGGUUCUUGAAUCUGGGCAAUUGGGGCUUACUGUGUUAUGGGUUCCGCUGAAUUUCAUCAUUUGCCCAGAAUGAUAAGGCCGGAAAGAGGGGCAAGAAGGUCUUUCUUUGUUGGUUCCACUGUCAAGAAGAAGCUCUCAGACAUCACCAACAUUUUGCCACAACCCAAGUCCGCCAUGGAUAUGAGGAAAGACGAUUCUUUGGAGGACUAUGUCGAUCAUCUUGUCAAGGAAAAUAUGGCGUUAGUGAAACUCUUUCAGGACAAAAACAAAAUAAUAGAAUUGAGCGGAACUGAGAUUCAGAAACUGAGAGUUAAUCUUCAGAAAAUGCAGCUUCAGAACCGGAGUCUUGCUCAGUCAAACAGCCAAAUGACAGCGGAACUUGCCUUCAAUAAAGAAAAGUUAAUGUCACUUCAACAUGAGAUUGCUUGUAAGGAAGCGCUACGCAAAGCAAAGCUAUUGGAAGCAAAGGAAUCAGAAAAUACCAAUGGUGAAAAGCAUGAGAAUCAGGAUGGGGAGGCUGCAACAGUGAAUGCUCUUUCAGCAGGGAAUAUAGAGAACAGCAAACCUAGUAUAGGAAGGCCGCUUCGCCCCACAAGAAGUCGAUCUAUGAGCCAUUCCACUGCUUCCCAACAAGUAGGAAAAGAAGAAGCUGCUGGAAAACGGCGCCGCUUAAGGAGGCAGUCAACCAGUUGCACAACGAAGAAGCAGCAGGAGGAGGAGCCAGUUGAGGACUUGUUUGAGUUAGAAGAAAACAUUCAAGCACAAUUUCUUCAUGAUAAGCAUCCUGCUUCCCAACAACCAAACAGGACUUCCAUUGGAAGGCCGCUGAGGAAAGCAGCUGAGAAGGUUCAGUCCUACAAAGAGACUCCCAUUAAUGUCAAAAUGAGAAGAUCAGAUUGAGCUUCUCUCCUGUGUACUAUUGUAACUGGUUUGUUGUUGUCCAUUACUAAUAGAUACCUUAGUUGUAC